UAAAUAUUAGCACAGUUACAAACACUUCUCAUUUGAUUUGUUAAGGAGAGUGGUUAUCAUUAAAAAAAAAAUGGGUAAGAUCUUGGAGAGAGAGAGUCAAUGGGUUAUCAUCAAUUCUUGUUUUUGUAUGUAUUAUUUUGGGUUUUUCACCUCUUCCCCAAAGUAAUUGUGCAUUUGAUGUCAAGGGGAUAGCUUUAAAAAAGGUUUCAAUUUUUAAGCUGUUUUAAUGGUGGGGUGGAUUUGUGUUUUGGAGAAGGGAUCUUUUUAAUCUUUGUUUUGUUCUUCUUGUUGAGCCUUUUUUGUUGGGUUCUUGAUUUUUCAAGUGUCUUCUUUGAAGAGAGUUUUUUGGUUGUUGAUUUUUGGGAUCUGGGUUUUUGGGUGUGUUCUAGCUUUCUAGGGCUUUCAAUUUAUUCACCCUUUGACUCAUUUAGUCUCUUCAUUGGGUUCCCUUCCAUUUUUAUUCUUUUGUCUUUCUUGUAAACAUGGGCUUUUGACUUUCUGGUAUACUUCCAAUUCUGGGUUCUUCUCUGUGGGUUUUGCACCUGAAAUAAAAGUUCUUGGGAUUCUCCUUUUCUCAUAUUAGUGCCUGAGAUUUGCUUUUUUGGGGGGUUUUUUUAUGGGUUGUUUUCCUCUGAAUUGAAUCCCUUUUUUUUUCUGAAUUUAGGGAUUUCUAUAGGUUUUUGUUUGAUGUGUUGAAAUCCCAUUUUUUGUGGCCAAUUUUAAGCUGGUUUUGUUUCUGGGUUUGUUUCAAGCUUUUACCGCUUUGAUGCAUCUUUCACUGUGGAAACCCAUAUCUCACUGUGCUGCUCUGCUUUUAGACAAGAAGAGCAGCAAGAGAAGAGAUGGGUCUGAAUCAGCAGCUGAAAUAAAAAAGAACCCAUCAGUUCUUCGUAGAUUACACGAGAACAAGCUCAGGGAAGCUCUAGAAGAAGCAUCUGAAGAUGGGUCUUUGUUCAAAUCCCAAAACAUAGAACCUGAUUCAACAAAUCAAGAUGAGAGCUUGGGACGAUCAAGGUCCCUUGCUAGACUCCAUGCUCAACGUGAAUUCUUACGAGCCACUGCUUUAGCAGCUGAGCGUACAUUUGAGACUGAAGAUUCCAUCCCUGAUAUCCAUGAAGCUUUCAAUAAGUUCCUCACAAUGUACCCAAAAUACCAAUCAUCAGACAAGGUUGAUCAGUUGAGGUCAGAUGAGUAUGCACAUUUGUCACCAAAGGUAUGCCUUGAUUAUUGUGGAUUUGGGCUUUUCUCUUAUGUUCAAACUUUGCAUUACUGGGAAUCUUCUACGUUUAGCUUGUCUGAGAUAACUGCGAACUUGAGUAACCAUGCACUUUAUGGUGGUGCUGAGAAAGGUACUGUGGAAUAUGAUUUAAAGAGUAGGAUAAUGGAUUAUUUGAAUAUUCCUGAACAUGAGUAUGGACUUGUGUUUACUGUAAGUAGGGGAUCUGCGUUUAAGUUGUUGGCUGAUUCAUAUCCAUUUCAUACCAAUAAGAAAUUGUUGACCAUGUUUGAUUACGAGAGUCAAUCGGUGAAUUGGAUGACUCAGAGUGCUAGGGAGAAGGGUGCAAAAGUUUACAGUGCUUGGUUUAAAUGGCCAACUCUUAAGCUUUGUUCUACUGAUUUGAGAAAGCAGAUUUCAAAUAAAAAGAAGCGGAAGAAGGAUUCUGCUACUGGUCUUUUUGUUUUUCCGGUGCAGUCUCGAGUAACAGGGGCUAAGUAUUCGUAUCAGUGGAUGGCAUUGGCUCAACAGAACAACUGGCAUGUCUUGCUUGAUGCUGGCUCAUUGGGUCCCAAAGACAUGGAUUCGCUUGGCUUGUCCUUGUUUCGGCCAGAUUUCAUAAUCACAUCAUUCUAUAGGGUGUUUGGUUAUGAUCCAACCGGCUUUGGGUGCCUCCUUAUAAAAAAAUCAGUCAUGGGAAGCCUUCAGAACCAGUCUGGAUCUACCGGUUCUGGAAUGGUGAAGAUUACCCCUGAGUAUCCUCUCUAUCUGAGUGAUUCUGUAGAUGGUCUUGAUGGAUUGGGUGGAAUUGAGGACAAUGAAGUUGGUACAAAUGGUGAUAAGCCCUCUGACAACCGUCCAGGUACGCAGUUGCCUGCCUUUUCCGGUGUCUUCACAUCUUCUCAGGUUAGGGAUGUAUUUGAGACAGAAAUGGAUCAAGAUAAUAGUUCUGAUAGAGAUGGAGCAAGUACCAUAUUUGAAGAAACCGAGAGCAUUUCUGUAGGAGAAGUGAUGAAAAGCCCCGUUUUCAGCGAAGAUGAGUCAUCAGACAACUCAUUCUGGAUUGAUUUGGGUCAGAGUCCUUUGGGGUCCGAUGGUGCAGGUCAGUUGAAUAAGCAGAAAAUAGCCUCCCCUUUGCCACCUUUUUGGUUUAGUGGCAGGAAGAACCACAAGCGGCCCUCUCCAAAGCCAACAUCAAAGAUAUAUGGCAGCCCGAUAUAUGACGAUAAAGAUGCGAACUUAGGGCAUGAUGAUCAUGUAUUAUCCUUUGAUGCUGCUGUUUUAUCAGUUUCACAAGAACUGGACCGUGUGAAGGAGAUCCCUGAAGAAGAACUGUUUGCUGGAACGAACAUCAGAUCACAAAAUCAAAAGAAGGCUUCUGAUCAUUCACAUGUUCCGGAAAUAGAGGAAGAACAAAGUAGCAGCAAACCACUGGCUGUGGGGUCUGUAUCUGGUUCUGCUAUAAAUAGAGCUCGCCUCAAAAAUGGGCUAGCAAAUGGCUCAACUUCUGAAAUUUCCUCGGAGAUUAAAGAGAGUGCCAUUAGAAGAGAAACUGAAGGUGAAUUUAGGUUGUUGGGAAGGAGGGAAGGGAACAGAUAUAAUGGUGGCAGAUUUUUUGGGUUAGAAGAUGAACAUCCUAGCAGGGGACAAAGGGUAUCCUUUAGCAUGGAGGACACCCGUAAAGAGCGCACGAGUCAUACUUUAGAGCCAGGAGAAGUGUCUGUGACCAGCCUUGAUGAUGAAGACUACACCAGCGAUGGAGAAUAUGGUGAUGGACAAGACUGGGACAGGAGGGAGCCUGAGAUAAUAUGUCGGCAUCUUGAUCAUGUUAAUAUGUUGGGGCUCAAUAAAACGACUCUUAGAUUACGGUUUUUAAUUAAUUGGCUUGUAACCUCAUUGCUGCAGCUUAAGUUACCUAAUCCAGAUGGAGACAGCAGAGUGAAUCUUGUUUACAUUUACGGCCCGAAAAUAAAAUACGAAAGGGGUGCGGCUGUUGCAUUCAACGUGAGGGAUAGAAACAAGGGUCUCAUUAAUCCAGAGAUUGUACAGAAGUUGGCUGAAAGAGAAGGUAUCUCUCUUGGUAUUGGUUUUCUCAAUCACAUACGAAUAUUAGAUAGUCCGCGACAACAGCAAGGUGCUCUGAGCCUCGAGGAUACUACCCUGUGCAAACCCAUGGAAAAUGGGCAACAUGAUGGGAAAAGCAGGUUCAUAAGAGUUGAGGUUGUCACAGCAUCUCUCAGCUUCCUAACUAAUUUCGAGGACGUCUAUAAAUUGUGGGCUUUCGUGGCAAAGUUCCUUAACCCGUCAUUCAUCAGAGAGGGUACACUUCCAACCGUGGCCGAAGAAGAACCAGAGACAUAAUGAAUCAAGCAAUUCAAAAGCCAGUCGUGAAACAAUCCAGGAGUCUGACUGGAAGAUUCAGAAGACCCUGAAGAGGAUUUUGCAGGUACACUAGUAUAUGCAUGGCUUGUUCUUCCUCAAGACUCUCCGAUGCAAGUGGGUGAAUUUGUUAAUUAAUGUUUGUUGUUGCUUGAAAAUGUCCAUUCUCUUUUGGAGGUUCUUGUAGAGUUGUUUUAGAAAAAAAAUGUACCAUUUUGGAAGUCGCCAUGACCUCAAAGCAGAAACUAUAUGGACAACUGUUACCACUUAAAAGCAUUUCUGCUUUUGGUUUAUACAACAUUCCAUUUUCUUCUCUGUAAAAAAGUAGCAUCUAAUAUUACCUUCUCAUUUGCCUA